AUGACCCCUUCUAUUUCCCUCGACCACACCACGCCGGCAGUCGUGCCAGAGUCUAGCGAGACCCCUGCCGCCUUCACGCCUACCAAUGAGCUCUUCUCUCUAGCCGGUCGCACAGUCAUGAUUACCGGAGGCGGCCGUGGUUUGGGUAUGUGCCUGUCCACUGCCGUUCUCGAGGCUGGUGGUGAUGUUGCCUGUCUUGACCUACUGCCGGAGCCAAGCGAGGAGGAGUGGACUGCCGUGCAGAAGACAGCUAAGCAGCGCGGUCUUCAGGCAACAUACACCCAGUGCGAUAUCACAAAUGAGGAGAACACCAAGAAGGUGCUUGAAGACAUUGCGGCAGAGGGUAUACGUCGGAACAAGCCUUUGCGCGGUACCAUUACUUGUGCCGGCAUUCAACAGAUGGUUCCUGCCCUUGAUUAUCCUAUUGAUGGAUACCGGAAGAUGUUGGAUGUGAAUGUCCUCGGAACAUUUAUUACUGCUAAGCAUUGCGCGCGCAUCUUCGUGGAGCAGAAGACCCCCGGCAGCAUUGUGAUGAUUGCAUCAAUGUCUGGACAGAUUGCCAACCGAGGAUUAACGUGUACCGCAUAUAACUCCUCCAAAGCCGCUGUACACCAAAUGUGCCGAUCGGUCGCUCAAGAAUGGGGCCAGCAUAACAUUCGUGUGAAUACACUCUCAGCAGGGUAUAUCCGCACUGCCAUGACCGAUGCCUUGCUUCAAGAGAAGCCCGAUUUGGAGGAGACCUGGAUGCGCGGUGCCCUUCUUGGCCGCCUUGGUGCCCCCGAGGACUUCAAGGGGCCCACCGUAUACAUGCUCACUGACGCUAGUGCUUGGAUGACUGGUGCCGAUCUCCGCGUCGACGGCGGUCACUGUGCGUCAGCAUAA